AUGGCAACUUCAGGUCCAAGGCAUAUUCUGCAGAUUGUGGUGACAUCUUGUUGCUGUGGUUCAACAAGAACUUAUUCACAUCCCAACACUAGAACUUUUAGCGCAGAAAACAAGACAACUUCACAAGCACUUCAGUUUGAUGAUCACCGUACAGCUUUUCAGCAUAAGAACACAUGGGAGUUGCUGCGAGCUCUGCUUGUUUUGAGGGCAUGUGGAUCAGACUUUCUGGUUGAUAACAGUCUUAAGUUACUGCGUGAAGGACAGUGGAUAUUUGGUGACCGAGUCUUGGGCUGGUUUCUACAUCCUACAAUGUAUUCCCAAUUUGUGGCAGGACAAGAAAGUGCAGAUUUAGCUGUAACAGCAGAAUCACUCCAGAAGCUGGGAAUCAGGCUCAUGGUGGCUCCUACAUUGGAGGAAGACAUAGGAGAAAGCAGCUCAAGGCAGGACAAAUAUGACAGGAACCUUGAAGAGAUGUUCAGAUUGGCAGAGCUGACACAUCGUCAUGGCGGAGAUCAUCCUUGCUUACAAACGAAGAUCACGGCUCUGGUCUCAGCUGAUACACUGCGCAACUUGUCUCAAGUGUAUGCAAACAAGACAGUCAAUUCAAGGAGAAUGAUAGUAGAGCACAUUGCAUCUGCCAUGAUCAACAGAGGACAACUGUCUGAUAUUUCUGGCAUGAAACAAAGAGAUAGUGAAAAUCUGUCCAUAGCCUUAGGAAGAUUCAAACAACUUGGUGAGGUUGUUUCAACAAAGAACCUUCGUCUGUUGGUGGAUGCCGAGUAUAGCUACGUAAACCCAGGCUGCAGCCUCAUUGCUCUAGCAAUGAUGGCAGUCUUCAACCACAACAAACCUGUCAUAGCUAAUACAUAUCAGUGUUACUUCAAGGUACCAACUAUUUUCUUUGUGACUUGA